AGAGAACAAUCAGUCCUCUGAUAUAUGCCACAGUCUCUUACUUCUAAGUUUCACACUGUCUCUGCCUGAACCAACAGGGCUCUGAACACUUCAUCGACACUCGAGAUGCAGAUUCAUGAGGAGAAAGAUUACGAUGAGGCAGCAGGUGUGGGGGAGAUCUGACUCGGUGUGUGGGCCCGUGAGCGUGACUCAGAGCUGGAAAUGAGGACUUUUAUCUCUGUGGGUGGAGGCGCUGAUGGAGGGGACUCCCGCGGCCUCCGCAGCAGGGUGGGCAGGAUGAAGAAGCUGCUGUGGACCAGGCCCAGUGGACACAUCCACACGGACACGGAGCCCGGCGUGUGGCUCACCAGCUUCCAGUCACUGGACACGGAUGGGCAGCUCGAGGAUCAGGUGCAGGAGUGGGGGGAGGAGGAGGAGGAGGGGGCAGUGUUUGGCAUCACGCUGCGCAGGGAGCCCGUGCUGCCCAGCUCGGAGCCGACGGAGCCCCCGACGGCCUUCAGCUUCGCCCACUACCACACGGUGAAGCUGCGCAGACUGAAGGCCGCCUCCCUGGAGCGUCUGAUCACACACCUGGUGGCCCCCGAGCACCAGGAGCCGGACUACAUGCACGUCUUCCUCUCCACCUACAGGGCCUUCACCCCCACCAGCACCCUCAUCGAGCUGCUGUUUCAGAGAGAGGACUCAAUCGCCAACCUGGACAACACUGUCUGCCCACGCAGUACCUUACCCCCGGUGAUCCGGCUGUGGCUGAAGGAAUACGAUGAAGACUUCCACGAGCCCCCCCAGUACCCGGCCCUCCGGCUGCUGUGUGUCCACCUGCGCCAUCGCCUCUGCUUCAGACGCCUGGCCCAGUCUGCAGAGACUCUCCUCAAGAGGCUGCAGGAUCAAGAUUGCAUCAAGGCUGCGUCAGAACACAGCAGUGAAUCAUCGCAGCAGGAGCUCAGAGAUCAGGAGGACGCAGGAGACACGUCCGCUAAGGAGGAGGACAAACACAACUUUAUGGACUUCCCUGUGACAGAAGUGGCGGAGCAGCUGACCCGAUUGGACGCUGAGCUGUUUGUCCGAGUGGUUCCCUUCCACUGCCUGGGCUGCGUCUGGUCCCAGCGCGACAAGAAGGAAAACCGAAACCUGGCGCCCAGCGUCCGCGCCACCAUCUCCCAGUUCAACGCUGUCACCAACCGUGUCAUCACCUCGCUCCUCUGGACGGCCUCGCCCUGCCCUUCCACUUCCUCCCCCAUCUCCUCCCCCCCCUCUGACUUCCCGUACCCCUCCACGGCCCCCAGCUCACCUCGCUGCUCUCACACCAGUCCUGCACUCAGGGCACGCAUCAUCGAGAGGUGGAUCCAUAUUGCUCAGGAGUGCCAUCAGCUGAAGAACUUCUCCUCUUUGAGGGCCAUCCUCUCCGCCCUGCAGUCCAACGCCGUGUAUCGCCUCAAGAAGACCUGGGCUGCUGUCAGCAGGGAAGGCAUGAACACCUUUGACCACCUGUGUGAGACGUUCCCUGACGAGAACUGUGUGCUAACCAGCAGAGAGAUCCUGGUGGAGGAUGGGACUCACCCAGAUGGCAGUGCCACCCCGAGCUCAGUGUCCAGACACAUUAACUCCAGCAGUGGUGUCGUGCCGUACCUCGGCACCUACCUGACCGUCCUCACCAUGCUGGAUACAGCACUGACCGAUACUGUGGAGGGUGGACUAAUCAACUUUGAGAAGCGCAGACGGGAGUUUGAGAUUCUCUCUCAGAUCCGGCAGCUUCAGGCCUCCUGCUGCCACUACAGCUUUCCAGUAAACCCUCUUAUCGCCGCCUGGCUGCAGGCACACACACUGCUCACAGACCAGGAGAGCUAUGAGCUGUCUCGUGAGCUGGAGCCUCCGGUGGACCCGUGUCCCAGCUCUCCCAACUCCUGGAGCAGCCGUCUACUCACCAAGAAACUCGCCUCGUUGCGAACAUCCAGUGAAAGCUCCCUGAGGAAGACCCACGCUGACCAGAUCAGCGUCUCUUCCUCUGGCUCCAGCAGUUCGGACAUGGAGGACCUCUCGGCCCCUCAGCCCUCCCCCCUCAGACUCAAACUCAAGACGCUGUCCGGCUCUCUCCACAACGUGGCGGAGGAUUUCUCCUCCAGCUCCUUGUCCUCGUCCUCCCCCAGUCUGUCCAGCUCCUCCUCACACCCUGACCUCAGCUCUUCUUCUCUGGGGCUGAGCCCCGAGUCGUCUCCUCUGGCCGCGCUGCCCGUCUACAACAAACAGGUGGCAGACUCGUGCAUCGUCAGGGUCAGCGUGGAGUCUGUCAGCAAUGGAAACGUCUACAAAAGCAUACUGCUGACCAGUCAGGACCACACGCCUCAGGUGAUCCAGAGAGCUGUGGAGAAACACAACAUGGAGGACGUCAGCUGCUGCAGCUUCAACCUCUGCCAGAUGCUCAGCAAUGGCAAAGAGCUCCAGAUACCUGAGAAAGCCAACGUAUUUUAUGCCAUGUGCACCUCCGCCAACUACGACUUUGUGCUGCGUCAGCGCUGGAGGAGCCACGGGAGGCGCCUGGGCUCCUCUUUCAGUCCCGGGGCCCAACCCAGGAGUCGCCACGGCAAGUGAACAGCCUGUAGGACUAUAGGAGUUAUUCUAAAACACAGAGGAGCUGCUCGUCUGCAAACAGCCCAACACGUCUGAGGCCGAUUGGUUCAGAGCGGAUCAUAUCUGCUGUACAGUGAUCUCAGACUCUCCCGCAACGGAGCUUGGAUUAAAAAAGGAGUUUUUAUGAGGACCUAGUCUGCAACGGGAAAACGUGUUAUACCGGGAAUUGUACUGGAAGGUUAAAAGAGUGACUUGAGAGAGAAGGAGUUUCCACAGAAGUGAGACACUGAGAAACAAAUGUUGUUCUCCAUCAUCUGGAACAUCUUAAAAACCAGAUGAACGAACCAACCAGGACCUGUGGUUGGAUUGGAUUAUUGUGCAUCAUAAAGUGAGUAGUGCCUCAGGUUUGGAUGAGGAUCAGCUGUGGAGAUACGGACGGGAGGGUGAUUCUUCAGGAGAGAAAGGGGCUGCAGACUGGAAUAUUCUCUUCAGCCUGUUUGCCACAACGAGUCUCUCAUACUUUUAGUGACGCAAAGUGCUCACUGUUAGUCCAAGCGUAAACAUUUCAGUUCUAACGAACACUGAAUCAAAUGGUGUUUGAAAUCCAGGCAUUGAGGUUUCAUUUGCCCGGAGAGUCAGUGAUAAGUAUUCAGUCGUCUCCUAGUGGAGGAUUUAAAUGUUUGAAUGUAACUUAAUGUCAUUUUAUCACCUUAAAUUAUUUAAUGCAAUGUCAGUAUUCAGCUUCUAGAGCAAAAGUGGGAAACACUUUAUUCGGAGAGUCUGCCUAUUGAGAGUGCUUUUUAAAUGUUAGUUGAAAUACUACCGUUUCGCUUCAUCUGGAGUUGUCUAACAGAUUAUCUUGAACAGACCUACAUAUAACCAGGAUUAGUUUUGUAUAGAUCUGUUCAUAUAUUAUCACAUAUACACUAAAGAUAAUCUGCUAAACAUCUCCAGAUAAAGCUAAGCGGUUUAAACUUUACAAAUACUCUCAACUCUCCAAAUAAAGUUUGUUAGGAAAAUGUGUUUCUGUUUUAAGUUGUACUUAAAUGGAUUUGGUAUCUCAGAAGGUCAACCCAAGUUAGCAUUAUUCUGAAUGGAGAAAGCUGACGUUUUUCUUACCGUCUGCUUUAAUAAAUGGAAGAAGACGUUGUUUGUGAGCAUCGAGUGGUAUGAAGCUCACUCGGCAUGUGAAUGAGAUUCAUCUGAAGAAUCGUUCAUGAACGUGAAAAUGAAGUGUCUCUGUAUGUGAAUGAAUUGUUGAUGUCAGUGAUGUGAAAUCCUCCCCAAAACUCUAAGGCAGCUUUUUCAAUAAUAAAACUCAAAGCGAGUUUGAAGGUUAAGACAAAUGUAAUAAUGGUUCACAUUAUGUUUAAAAUGCAUAGAAUCAAACACACACUGGUGAAGUGUCUCCUCAGUUUUUAGCAUCUGUGUGCAGAUGCAAUGCUGCUGUGGUUUGUUAUGAGUGAGGGUCUGGCUGCUGCAAUAUAAAGUAUGAAGGAGGGGUCCACACAGUGACUUCCUGUCUGUAUUAUUAUUUGUAUUGUUAUUAUUAGAAGGCAUUCAUGUACAUGCUCUCAUUUAGUAUGUUUAACAUGUUAUCAACGUUAUUGUAUGAAAUGUGUAAUUCAUGCCUACAUGUCCUUAUAUAUUUUAUUUUAACAGAUUCUUUAUUUUUAAAGUUGAAUCUAAGCACUUGCUCUUUAUAAGUAGUAUUAAUAAAGCCAAUUUACUAUUGAUUGUUUUAUUUUAUUUUUUGCUUCAAGUCAUUUCUUAAGUCAAAAUAAA